AUGUCUAAACCAGUAUUUGUUCUCCUCCACGGUGCUUGGCACAGUCCUAGGUGCUGGGAUAGUCUUAUCACGGCACUGGGAAAGGCUGGCUACUCGGCUGUUGCCCCAGCCUUACCCUCGUCGGGAUCUACGCCACCUACACCUGACUGGACCAAGGACGUUGAAACUAUUAGGACUACCGUCGAGGACCUCAUCCAAGAGAAUGAUGUUGUCGUCGUUACGCAUAGUUUCAGUGGCAUGACUGGAGGUACAGCCUUGGAAGGCUUGGACAAGGAGACACGUGCAUCAAAGGGAUUGAAGGGCGGCGUCAUACGACUGAUUUACAUCACGGCUUUCCUCGUACCGGAGGGCUUCCAGCACUCGGCACAUGGAACACGCGACAACAUGGUACCGGAGAUGAAAACUGAUCUUGACGCUGGUGUUAUCACUGUAUCACCCGAACAUGCUAAGGAUAUGUUCUAUCAAGAUCUAGAUGACGCCACCGUUGCCGAGCUCGUCAAGGACUUGCGCCCUCAGAGUUUUGGGGCGUUUUGGAGUACCACGACAUAUGCUGCGUGGCGCUAUAUUCCGACUACAUACAUCUUGUGUCUAGGAGACAAGCCAUCGACCGUGGUUGCUGCGCGAUACCUUAUUGACACGGCAAAGGCGAGCGGACCGCACAAGAUCGAGAAGGUUGUCGAAGUCGAUGCGGGCCACUCUCCCUUCAUUAGCAAGCCCGAGUGGACUGCUGAAGCACUCAUCGCUGAGAUCAGUGGGCAAGCUUAG